AUGUUAAAUAAUUGUAUUGAACAUAAAAAUUUGAUAAUAUUAAAUUUAAAAAAUUCAAAUAUUUAUGAUUUAAAAAUAUUUAAUGAACAUAUAUCAUGUAUUAAACAAUUGAUAUUAAAUGAUCAAAAUUUAAUAACAAUUGAUGAAUAUGAUUUAUUAAAUUCAAUUAAUCUUGAACAUUUUGAAAUUCAAAAUAAUAAUGCUUUAGAUUCAGUACAUAUUAAUAUUUAUGAUCGUUUAUCUAUUAUUAAUUUAAAUGAAAAUUUAUAUUUAGAAAAUGUUUUAUUAAAAAUUAUGACAAAUCAUAAUGUUAUUCAUUUACAACGUUUAUCAAUAUCACAAACAAAUUUAAAAUAUUUAACAAUUGAUUUUAAUAUUAAACAAAAAAUAAAAUGGUUAAAUAUAAAUGAAAUUAAUCUAUCACAUUCAAAUUUAGAAACAAUUGAAUUUUUAAAAUAUGUCACAUUUCAAAAAUUAGGACCAAGUAAAAAGCAUUUAAACGAUCAAAUAGCGAAAAAUAUGAAUAUACCGUUUUACAAUCGAAUGAUCGAAAAUAUGGAACAAAACGAAGAAUUAAUUUCGGAAAUGAUGACUGAUAAAAACAAGUUAGUAUCCUUUUUUGGAAGAAUUAAGAUAUUAAGCGACAGUUUAAAUCAAAUUACAACGGAAGAUGAGAACGAACAAGAAGAGUUGGAUAGUAUUAGUGAAGGAUUAUUAGAAUUAUCGUACAAGUACGACGAGGCUGUUAUUCGAGCAGAUAUUGUACUAGAAAAUUUACGUGGAUCGUUACAACGUUUUUUGCAAGUUGAUUUACCUAAUACAAACAAUAUUCCAUCUGGAGCGAUUACAGCUGAUGGCAAAUCGAAUGUUCGUUUGCCUAAACUCGAAAUUGAGAAAUUCGAUGGCGAGAUCUUAAAAUGGAAAGCUUUCUGGGGUGUAUUUGUUUCGGCACACAAAAAUUCGACGCUAAACGUUAUCGAAAAAUUUACAUAUUUACGAUCUCAAUUAAAUGGUGACGCAGUUAAAUUAAUCGCAAGUUAUCCAGUUGCAGCCGAAAACUAUCAUCCAGUCAUUCAGGUAUUAAAAGAAAUGUACGAUAAUAAUGUCAAAAUAGCGGAUAAAAUCAUUUCUAUUCCCUAUUUAAAUUAA